AUGAAGAGAAAUCCCCAAGUUAAGGUUCGAAAAGUAAGACCUCUUGAAAAGAAAAGGGCAAGAAUCACUCAAGAGGAUGUGGAUAAGUGGUUUUCAGAGUAUCAAGAGUUCUUGUUAAAAAAAAAUUUGAUUCAUCAACCGGGACAAAUAUGGAACUGUGAUGAGACUGGAUUUGACUUGAAUGGUCGUGUUGGCAAAGUUAUUGGUCCCUCUAAGCAAAAAGAGGCACCAUAUCAAGUAAUGUCUGGUAAUAUGAAGCGUAUUACUAUGCUUCCUUGUUUCAACGCCAGUGGACAAUGGAUGCCUCCUUAUUUUAUAUUUCCAGGAAAACGAAUUCCAGCUACUUAUAACCCUUUGGAAGGAGGAGUAGAUGGCAGCGUUUUUUCCAUGACCGAGUCAGGUUACAUGAACACUGAAACAUUCUAUAUGUGGCUGGCAAACCACUUUAUCCCAAACUUGCCACCAAAAAGACCGGUUCUUCUUCUUGUCGAUAGUCAUGACUCUCACCUUCAUUUGGCUACCUUUGAACUUGCAGAAAAAAAGGUAUAUAUUUAUAUGCUUUAUUAAAGAAUGCAACACAAAUUGUGCAGCCUGCUGAUGUGGGGUUAUUUGGCAGUAUGAAACGAAGCUAGUACAAAUCAGUAAGAGAAUAUACACAGCAAAAUCCCAAUGCAGAUAUUACUAAGAAGAACUUCUGUUCUGUUUUAAAGUCUAUGUGGGAAGAUGUCAUGUGCCCUUCUAUCCUUACAGCUGCAUUCCGUAAAUCUGGCAUUUACCCACUUGAUAAAAGCGAAGUUUCAAAAGGGUUAUUGGGUCCAUCCAAUCAAUCGUUUGAUGCCAACCAGCGGGUUGACAAAGAUAGCACCUCUCCUUCACUGCAAGCAUUUGAAGCACUAGAUGCUGCACUUUCAACUCCAUCACGGGCUAAGUACAGACGUAGAAUUGAGGAAGGAUACGACUUGAACGGAAGUCCCACAUUUAGCGCUUGGAAUAAGCUAUACAAGUCAGCAAAUCCAUCACAUGCUCAUCAUGACGGUAAAGGAGAAACUUCUCAGACUUCUCAACGGUCACACCAUGCAGAAAAACCCAUUGAGCCACACCAGCCUUCUUCAUCUACAGAAUCCAACGUCUUGAAAGAAAUCCUUACAUCCUUCUUCAUCUACACAAUCCAACCAAAGGGCCCGCCAAAGAGAGUAAAUGCAAAAAGAACCAUACCAAACUUUAUUAGUGGUCCAACAUCCAAACAAAUUCUUCUGGAUGAAAAAUUAAAGAAGGCCCGACAGUUAGCAGAUAAGCAGAAAAGGCUAUACGAAACGCAGCAAAGAAAGGAGGAAAAGCGAAAGAAAGUGGAAGAUGAAAAAAUCAGAAAAGAGAAGAAGAAGCAAGAGAAAGAGAGGAUGAAAGAACAAAAACAGAAAACGAGAAAUAUAAAGGGAGCGAAGAAAACCUCUUCAUGUGGGAGAAGUGAUGGGAGAAUGCACAGAAACCUUAAAAGAACUUGUCUAACAUUUAGUAAUGACACAGAAAGCAUUGAUGAGAAUAUCUGCAGUAUGUGCUCAGAGGAAUAUUUGCCCAUCGAUGAUGAAAACAAUCCUUGGGUUAUGUGUGAUUCGUGCAAUCUCUGGAUGCACAUAGAAUGUAUUCCCAUGGAAUUUGACGUUGACGUUUUGCACUCGGAAGAACCGUUCUAUUGCCAUCAGUGUAACUUUUGA